CUAAAAGCACACGUCGCGCUGUUUCUCUUCUGUCCUUCCCGCUUAGCCCGCUGGGUUACUCAUGGGUCUAGACCGUAGGCCCAUCAAAAGUCGGGCUGGAGUUUGAUUUCUUGCGCGCCGAGAUCCUCUGACAGUGCUUGCCCGACGUCCAUUCACUGUGUGUUAUUGCGAAACGAAGCCGACGAGCCGAUGAAAAGUGCACGAAAGGAGAGUUAAUUGAGGCAAAGGGUCUCCCGCCAAGCUGUCCGCGGACGAAACCACAGCGGCUCCUCCGUCCGAGUUGUGGCGUUCAUGGCGCGACGACGCCGUCAUCCCCACGAGGCCGCCUCUGCUGCCGCUGCGAGGCGUCGCCGCGCGGCGGCGGGGGGCUCAGAUGCCGCCGACGGCGACGCGACCUCAAGGCUCAAGCCGCGUCCCUUGCAGCGUAACGCGGCGAACGCCCGCGAGCGAGCCCGUAUGCGCGUUCUGAGCCGGGCGUUCUCGCGACUCAAGACGUCGCUGCCCUGGGUGCCCGAGGACACCAAGCUCUCCAAGCUGGACACGCUGAGGCUGGCGGCAGGCUACAUCGCCCACCUGCGCCGUGUGCUGGUGGAUGAUGACGAGGCGUCUUCGCCCAGCUCGGCCACCGAAGAAGUCGCCUGCGGUUCGCCACGGUGCCUGCACCCGCUGACACUGACGUGGCCGUUCUCAUUCCACCAGCGGCUUCCCAGUCCCGAGGGGCAGGACUCCGAGCCCAAGGUGCGACACGCCGUCUCCUGUCGAAUGUUCGAGGGCGAUGCGUCUCUGACGUCGUCGAACCGACCCGCCAAGCAGCCUUGUCAGGAACCGGCCGCGUGUCACGGAGGCCAUCGAUAUUCGUCGGCCGCCGCGGACGACGGAUUCGACUCGUUCCUCGACUACCUGAACAGUUCCUCGGGGCCUUCGCACCCAUCGUACUCGGGCCGCUUUAUGGCCAUAACGAGUCAACGACCCAUGUGUUCCUCCUAAGUCUCUCCAGGGGACGUUUUCUGCGACAACCACUUCCGGCGAUAGCAUCGCCUCGGCCACAGUGUCGCCAUCGGGCGAGCGUUGAUUGGCUGGUUGAGCGAAAUCGGACGAGCUGAUUGGCUGGUUGAGCACUACGUCACGCGAAGGCGGUAGUAUCACCGAGGCGAUAUUCGCAGAAUACGUAGCCAGGUACUGCGUUCGUAAAACGACGCAAGUAGUGUCCAUAGUUUUAUAAGAGGAGUACUUGCGUCAGGGUCUUUCUAUCUAAAUUCAUGGGAACGGAGUAAUCGUUCUGGUUCGGCAUCGGCUGCACCGAAUUUGACUAGAUUUGUUUCAUUAAAAAAAAAGAAGAGUUAUAAUCUACCGACUGCAUUCAGUAUAUUUUAAUAUUCAGGCAAUAUUUUUUAAUGAAAGUCGUUGAAAAUUGCAAGAGUUUGAUGAACUGAAUCAUCAGAUUUACGCCGUGACUAGAAAAAAAAAAGAUUAAUAUAACGAAGCAAUGUCGCAAUUCUGAGAGGUGCACCUAUUGCGGCAUCUAAAGCCUACAAAAUUGAUGCAUUAUACACCGCUGUGAAAUGUGCCGCUAAUUUGUCAGUAGCAUUUUUCAAAAUCCUCGUAAAUAUUGUAACAGUUUUACGUAAAUCUGUGUAACCGUAUACCACCUACCUUUCCGCUUGAGAUGCUCUGAUACAGACAGUUUACACAACUACGUUAUCCGCUUUUUCUUUCUUUUUCUUUUUUGUGCCCAGUAACGGAUUUCUGAACUUUGUGUUUCAAAUUCUAAAACUUAUCAAUCUUCGGUAACUUAUUUUUUUAAACUACGAGACUUUAUAUAAAUAUUUUGCUUCAGAGUCGGUAGUGUUUUUUAGCCUUCUCGAUUAAAUGUGGUAAAAUUUCGUUUGGAUAUUGGUUCAACUUUCGCCCAAUGAGAGAACUUCUACACUUCGGAUGCAUUUGAAUACGGAAACCGGAGAUGGUCCAGAUAUCAAGUUGGGUACAUUGGCAACAUAAGCAUUUAGGAUACAGACUAUGGCAGUCUUGCCGUAAGCAAGACCUUUUGUAAACCAGAAAAUGCACAGAAACGAAAGAAAGGUGUCGAAUUGAUGUUGCCGCACUUUCUCUCCAUGACGUCACGAAUUUGGACAGUGUCUGCUAAGAAGUAAUUACCCCUUUGUCGAUAAACAAAAAAAAAUUAAAAAUUUUUAAAGAACAAGAAGCUCUCCUCGGAAAUUCGGGAAUUUUCUCCUCCCGGAAACGCCCCAAAAACAAAGUGAUAAGUUUGGAAUCCAUGCCAUGACACUGACAGGCCGGUGCUGUAAUUCGAGCGCGAAGUUCACAAAAAAGAAAAGAAAAGAAAGAAAAGAAAAGAAAGAAAGAAAGAAAAGAAAAGGCUGCACUAUGACGCUCAUUUUCUCUGGUAUUAAUCAACACUCCUCCACCAAAUAAGCAUAAAGACAGUCUCGAAAGAAUGCAGUAUCACUUUAAAGCUAUUUAAUGUUAUUUUUUUAGUCAACUACGUACGCUAAUAGGAGAUAUGCGCCUGCUGUCGUGUGCGAGCAGGAUGUUUCGUGCAUCUUGAUAAAUGGGAUGCUUUUCAGUGCUUGUUCAUAGUCUGACCAGCCGUAUGCAUGAAACGUCAGCACGAAUCGUCUGUAUAGAUGUACUCGUAUUUAACCCAAGAAUUUAUCCAUUAUUUAUUUUAUUAUCACUCACGGUUGUCAACUUCCCAUCUCGCAGUGUGCAUUACAGAAGGAAGUCCCUUGUGGCGAUUUCUUUGCACAUUCGAGAUUUCCUAGCCCAUAUUAAAUUAUGCCGGCAGGAGACUUGUGCACGGGAUCUAGUAAUCGCAGUGUUCUAAAUGCCCAUGCCUAAAACAUAUCAAUUUAGAAAACGUCGGGAAAAAAGUGCCCGUUCUUGUUCAAGGAAAAAAAAAUGGUCCUUGUACUAUAUUACGUCAGCGCUAAAUGCUUUGUCGUAAUACAUUACUUUCAACGACACCAUUUUAUGUUCAUUCUCUAGUAUAAAAGUUAGCUCGCACUAGUGUCGUCUGCUAUUCUUUCUGCUUCGUGAUACGGAGAAACGUAAUUAUCGCGUUGUAAAUAGGGAAUGUUAUAUAUAGGGAACUCAAAUUUGAUGGUCGUUAUGGCUCGCCAUUUUGAAGUGGCUUUGUCUUUGGCUCAUGUGCGCUCCAGCCGACACUAUUCGUUGACUACAGUAUAAAGCUUACUUGGUACAUGGAAGCCACUAGCGUACGCUGCUCCCUAAAAGCUAUCCUCUUUAUCCAGUGGUAACACCACAAAAUAAACACCUACCACCCAUUGUCUCACGUGGUUGUGCUUCCUGCAGAUGUCAUUGCCCAAUGAGGUAAUGUUUCCAGCGUGACCAUCUGGGAUGUAUUUAUAUCAGUGCCAAUG